UUCAAAAGGGACAGCCAUUAUUUGCGUCUCAGAAAUCAAAACAUCCAGUACGUGAGCGAUAUUGUUUGGUGAAAACCAUUUUAGCUUGUUCGACAUUUUAUUACUUGAUCCCUGUUGCUUGCACGGCUAGCUAGCCGCAUACCUCGCUUGCCCGUUUAUCGAACCUUACCCACCGUCAAGAUGCGGGACUGCAGUGCAGCCGAGGAGGAGAUUGAUCGUGAGAUCAAUAGCUGGGGAUACACAAUGAACGCCACCGAUUACAUGAGCGGCCUCCAAAAUGUGCGACCCUCGGCGAGCUUUGCCCGUAGUGCCGUACCGAUGGGCCGUGGACGCGGCUGUGUCGACGUGUCGCGGGAAAGGCUGGAGCAAGUCCGUCUGGCGGCUCAAAUCAACCGUCAGGAAGCGCACCGGAAUCCCGUGGGCCAUUUGCCGACGACCGAAGAAACGCUCGAGAAAGAUGUAGGGCCGGAAAUUACGGCCGGGUUGCGUUCGGUCGGCAUCCUGAGCUCGGCCGGUGAGCUCAACAGCAAAACGACACGUCGAAAUGUGAACCUCGGGGAAGAUAUGCGUAUCGAUCGGAAUGUGCCCUUGAUGCUGAGCAGCGAAUUUUUCCAUUCCCGUUCCUCUGCCGGUCCGUGGCAGGAAUUGGAGUUGGAGCUACCACCCCAGCCAGCGCUUAAGUACGAUCCGUCCAAACCAUUGGCGGAGCAGUUCACAACGAUCAAAGAAUUCCACACACAACCCACAGUCGUCGGUGAUGAUGAGCCGAAAGCGGCUGCUACCAAAUCGCCGAAAAAGCAAGCUGCCCCAAAGAAGGGAAAGAAACACAAGUGGACGAAGGUUCCGGUGGAGGAGUAUCUAGCACCGCCUAGUUGGAACAACCCGAACCAAGGACGUCCACCAGUGGCGGUAAACAGCAUGUUCGAGGCGCGUAAUGUGUACGGAAUCGAUGGAAAGCAUGUUAUUAAUUAGGGGGAAUGAUGGAGCUGCCAACCUGAACGGCGUGUUAUGGAUGGAUGUAUAAAUAUCAUACCAUUUACACAUGAUUUGUUUCCGGAUAAAAAGACUUAACAUAUAAGAUUAAGUGUUUGUAUGUUUUAACAUAUCGUAACGAUGAAGGUGAUUUUAAAAAGAAGUGCCUUAUGACUAGUAUUGUGCGAAGACACAAACUCAGAAAUCAAUCGUGUAAAUUCAGGUCUUCAGUACUGCAAUAAACGGAUUUUAAACCAGUAUUGAAUUACUACUAC